UUACGCACCAGUCAGUAGCCGAGAGCACACGGAAGGGCUUUGCGACCCACCAGCCACUCUUGUUAUUUUUCUGCGGUCAAAACAUAAGUGGGAGCCAAAAAAACAGCAUCUUCUGAGGGGUCCUCUAAUCGAAGGAGGCCAAGAACCACUCAUCUAAGCUAACUAAAUUACAUGCUCUGCAUUAAAAGGCUACUGGUCCCUAAGAGCUCUCUACAGGCCUACGAGUAUUUGCUCCUGCCGCUAUUAGCUGCCCCUCCCACUGAUUGAGGGCUCCAUAUCACUAUUAAAUGAAGCCCAGGUGCUGGUGGGAGUGGAAGGGUGUCUCUGAGGUCCAUAAACAAGAAAAUGAACACUGCCCCAGCUUCAGAGAGUGGACCAUAUUCCACAAACCACACAAGACCCUUUUUUUAUGCACAGCCAACAGCACAACAGCCUUUCCCAAAUCCAUGGUACCUCAGUCAAGUCUAUAAUCCGUACUGCAUGCCUGCACCAGGAUUCAGAAAUGGAAACCCAUAUUUUCCAUUUUAUUCUGUUGCACUGCACGAAUACCCUGGAUAUUUUGUUCCACAGCAUCCCAUGCACACAAGAGUUAACAGAAGGCCUUAUUUUAAUGCUCCCCCACCCUCUCCUAUGUUUUAUCAUGCAACACGCUUUAGGCACUAUAGUAGUCCUGGGAAAAGAACAGAAACCAAAGAAACACAGACUGAUCCUAGACAGCCUGAACACAAAGCAAAAAAGCAUCAGGAUCUCCGUACAGAAACGAAAGGCUGUGAUGCAGGAAAUAUGGCUUGCGUUUCUUCUGGUAUUGGUACAGAAACUGACAGUACUUCAGAGAAACAGGAUUCAUCUGGAUCUUCCAUUGUACCAGAGAGAGAGUUUCAUAAGAGCCCUUCCAGCACUGCACAGUAUAGAAAUCUUCCUUCAGGAAGCUAUGCUUUUGAGAAAGAAGAGGUAAGAAUAGAAUAUGGAAAUGGCUCACCUGCAAUUCAGCUAUGGAAGUCCUUCAAAGAAACUAUCCCUUUGUAUGAUGUACCAAGUGGCAAACCAGUCCCAGAGAAUAUAGUGCAACAUGAUUUAUUUUCUGUUAGCUCUUGUGAAGGGCUUAUAUAUGGCCCUCGUGAAGGUGAGGCAUUGAUGUCAGGCACUUACUCAGAUGAGCGCAAAGCUCUCCCUUCGAAACAGAGCAUCGACGUUGUGCAGGAAAGAGAGGUCCAAAACAACGAAGCAAAGCUGGAGGUGGAAAAACUGGGAAAUGCAAGCCAGAAAGCCAAAUCCCCUCAAAGUGAAGCUCGGGCAGUACAAAUAACAGACCUAGCCAGCUCAAUUUGUAAUGAUCAGUCAGUGGCAAGGCAGGACACUCUAAUUAUAUCUAAAAUAUCUUCUAGUUCUAAAAGAUCUACUGGCUCAAAAGCUUCUCAAGAUGAAUCCAGCUUAUCUCAGCAGGCAGUAUUAUUUCCAUCCAAUAUGGAGAUAACAAAUGACAUGUUCCUGCAGCAGAAAAAGCUCAAUCAGAGCCACAGUGUAACAAGUGGAAGUCAGAUGACAUUGGAUAAAAGCUUAUGGUGUGAUGAAUCAGUGGAGAAAUUUGUUCCUUCUAACAGCUGGCUGGCUGGCUUGGAUAAUACGGACACUAACUGCAACUAUGAUGUGCGUUUCCCACAAAGGAAACAUCAAAAUGUGCUCAGUGUUUCUUCUGAUGAAAUGUCCUCCAAAGAGGAAGGCUCAUCAAUUGAUAAUGCACCAGUGUCAUACUUUGUCCCUGACUAUGUGCUUCAGAAAAGCAUGUACGCUUUACAAAAAAACGCAGAUGACUUGGAGAAAGAGAGAAUUAAAAGCAGUGGCUCCCUAAAUGAAGAUGAGGAACAAGUAGACGGGGAGCAGACCAAUGAUAUCAAUAACCAGAACUUCAAAAGCUGUUCAAACCUCAAGAUAAAAGAACUUUCCAGCAGAGGUAAAAAGAUGGGCAGCCUCCCUAGAUCUUCCAGUAAAAAGAAAAUCUAUUCCCUAAAGAAAAAAGCUGUUAAGAGUUUGUCUCUGUCGGAAGCUGAUGACUCUGAAGAAUUCUCAGUGGUGGAAGAGGAGGAGGAGGAGGAGGAUCUGGAUGAAGUUGAAUAUUUCUUUCAUGAAGCCACCCCAUAUGAAAUGCUGACCCCUAGUAGAGGUAGCUUCUACCAUCAGAUUGGUCAGAGGAUGCUUUGGAAACCACCGAAAAAUUCUGUCCCAGCUCAGCUAAUUAGCUGGCCUACUAGAGAGAAAGUAAAACUGAAGAGUGCCCUUGGUGAAAUUGGUCUAUUUUGUAAGCCAAAGGAGAAGGACCAGGAUGAGGUGGUGUACAGUGACUAUGGGUACUAUGAAAGAAAGAGGCCUACAGCAAAACGAGAGGGACUACUUAAAGAGGGAUCUGAUCACAAGAGAACUCCACAAAAGCGUUCAGGAGGGAGGUUACUGAAGGAAAACAUGGGGUUGGCAGUUGAAGACUACUGGAUUAGAAGCGGUGCUAAACCCAAGCUUGCCAGCCUGAUACGUAGUAGUCUAUCACCCCCAGCCAAAAUGAAAGAACAAGACAACCUGACACUGGAGAAACCAAAGAAGAAAAGGGUAGGCAAGCCCCCUUAUAAACGUAGAGACACAAGACGCGAGGUGGAAGAGGUUGAGGUGUGGGAAAUGCCUAAAACCAGUGCACGCAAAGGACGUGGAACAAAGAGGGCUGUCUAUAGAAGAAGAUAAUUUCAAAUGCUGGGGAAGAAACACAAAUGUUUUUGAGGUUUGCAUGUCUAACAAGACUUUUGUGUAAGUUACUAUGCACAGUUAAAGGGUAAGGAAUUACACUGUGUGAAGACACUCAAGUCAAA